AUGGACCUCGACGAGUUCUCCGACGAUGGCCAACCUCCUCCGCGUGCUCCCCAGCUGUCGAACCCGCAAUGGAACCCUGCUGUACAGCCUGGCUCCAAUCGAACAAGCAACACCACCCUCGCCACACGCCAGCACUUCCCCUCUCAGCAGGCUGCCGGUAGUCUAGGCAGACCCCAGCCCAGCCAGUUCGCCAGGCCACCCGUGCCGCGGUUCAACAAUAGCGCCUCGCAGAAACAGCAGCAGCAGCAACAGCAGCAGCAGCAGCAGCAUUAUCAUCAUCAUGCAGGCUCCCAGCAAUCGCAGAGCCAGUAUGGGAACAAUAUCCACGCAGCGUUGCAGCAGCGUCUCCGCGCCCUCGAGGCCGAUCUCAUCGCCGCCCGCGGGGAAAUCCACAUCAUACGCAACAACUCGGCAAAGGCUGAGCAGCAGCAUGCUUCCGAGGUGGCACGGCUCAAGAGUCUGAAUGCCGAGCAGCUCGCGCGCCAGGAACGUAUCCUCGAGGCAGCGGUGACGGCAGAGAAGUCGGCCAGCACAGAGCUGCAGUUCCUGCAGCAGGACAUGCGCGAGGCUAACGCGAGACGUAGGGACGUCCCAGCUGGCAACGGUGCUGGACGCGCCGGUGCUGGAUCUGGGGCCCACACGCCCAAGAAGCAGGGCAAGAAGCAGUGGGGCCUGGCAGAUGGUUUCGACGACAUGGAGAUUGUCAACAGCCCUACCAAGGGUCACAACGGUCGCGCGAGAAAUUCGGGCACCAUCGCCGCCAAUGUCGGCGAGCGUACGCCCACCAAGGGCAAGAGGAAAAGGCCCGUCAUGGAUAGCCCAGUCAUGGCGCUCGAGACACAUACCGACGAUGUCGUCGUGGCAGAUCGGCUCACGGCCCCCCCUGCCUCUCAGCCUGUGGCCACACCUGUGGUGGCCGUCGCCGCCGCACCGUUCGAGUUCCUGCAGCUCAUACUCGACCAUGUGGCCUUCCACCAACAGCCGCCUACGUUUGAUGUGCUCUCCCGCUUCUCCUUUCCAUCCGACUCGACCACUUCCCUGGCGACACAUAUAUUCCAGACCCUCCCUGUCAUGGGCCACCCGCAACGACCAAUGCAGCUGCUCGUGGACUUCUCCGAACACAUUCUGGGCCUGUGGUCGCGUUGUCUCAUUGAGGAGACCUGGGAGCCUAUAAAGUACCUGGAAGCCCUCGUCACCUUCACCCUACGCCUACACACAACAUACGUCGCCCCCCUCAUCGUAACGAGCCUGGCUAUGACCACGCAGGCGACCGUCAGGAGACUGGCUGAGGGUCGUCACCGCCUACCAGACGGAGACCUCUCCAAGAGUGCCGAGUACGCAUUCCUCGAGCAGCACAUUGACACGACCAGCAUCCUAUCCCUACUGUACACAGCAGCGCUAUCCUGCGUGGCAUCUAUCGUCGAGGUCGAAGGCGGACGCUCCGAGCUCAAGAUAAUCGACUUCUGGCGCCUCAUGUCACUCGACUUCGUCACCCUCCUCCUCACACCGAAGCAGAAGCCUAGCGACAUCAUCGGCAUGCUCGACCUUCUAGCCACAUCAUCCCUGCCGGAAUCCAUCGGCCCCGCCGCCGCCGACAAGGAACCGGCCUUUGUGGCCCGUCUGGUCAUCGAGCGCGUAUCGGCCAAGCUGACCGAGACGGCCCUCUCACCCACGACGCCACACGAGAAGCGCGUCAUCCGCUCCACCGCUCUGCGCACCAUGCUCGCCUUCACCCGCCACCCCUUUGGGGCGAUGCAGCUGGCAACCCACGACAACGCUCUCCCGCGCGUGGUGACAUGUCUGUCUGCCUCAAUAGACGAUCUAUACGACCAGUCCACCAUACCUCCGCACGUCUUACCCCCAUCGGAAGACGAAGAUGCACCGCCAGACACAUCCUCGCCAUCAGCAGUGCUCUACCGUACGAUAGCCCAGGCCGUACUUCUCAUACACACCCUCGUCACAGACAGUCGAACGGCGAAUGUGGCUGAUAUAGGACAGAAGCUGUCCGUGUCGUAUGGAGGCAGUCAGCGUUAUCUGAUUGCCCUCGGAAGGCUGACCUUUGCAGAGGAGGAUCUUGUCAUGGAGGCUGGGGUGGAGAGUGAUGUGGUUGAGAUGGCGCAUGAGUUGCUGGAGAUGGCGGUGACGCCGGAUGAGGGAGCUGUCGUCAGCGAGGCAUUUGGCUUCUGA